UUUAAAUUGAAAGUAAAAUCUUCAUGCUUUUCUUGCUUACACACUUGUUAUACCUUUAACCCUAUUUUGUUCCUCCUUUAAUCUUUUACCUCAAUUCGAUCUCGAUUCCGUUCGGCAUUUGCUAAACAAAGAUUAAGUUUUGGAUCAAUGGUGAGACCUCCUUGUUGUGAUAAGUUGAAUGUGAAAAGAGGACUUUGGACAGAAGAGGAAGAUGCUAAGAUACUUGCUCAUGUUUCUAAGCAUGGGACAGGAAAUUGGACUGCCCUUCCGAAGAAAGCAGGACUUAGAAGAUGUGGAAAAAGUUGCAGACUGAGGUGGACUAAUUACCUGAGACCAGACCUAAAACUCGACAACUUCACAUCCCAAGAAGAGGAACUCAUUGUUAGGCUUCAUGCAGCCAUAGGAAGCAGGUGGUCAAUCAUAGCCCAACAACUUCCAGGAAGAACAGACAAUGAUGUGAAAAACUACUGGAACACAAAGCUACGGAAAAAGCUCUCAGAAAUGGGAAUAGACCCUGUUACACACAAGCCCUUCUCUCAAAUCCUAGCAGAUUAUGGAAAUAUUGGGUGCAUUAACCCUAAAUAUAGUACUAGAAUUGGCUCCCUCACUAGAGACCUCAAAAAUGCUUUUAUUUCUAAUCCAAACCCUAACAUCAGUAGCCAAACACAAACCCUAAUGUCUCCCAAAGCUGAUUGUUACUUGAGCAACACUCAUCAUUACAUGAACAUAAAUCAGUCCAAUUCUUCGGUGGAUCUGUUUAAUCAGUUGCAAGCGAUUAAGCUCGUGACUGAAGCUUCGAGUUUCGCGAACUAUGAACCGGUGUCAAUCCCGUCUCAUUUUCAUAGCGAAGGAUCAGCGUCUUCCUCGUCGUCUUCGUCUACUUGUUCGACUGCUGCUCAAGAAAAAUCAGCAUUGAAGUUUAGCUGGAAAGAUUUUCUUCUUGAAGACGCGUUUUUACCGAGUAAUGAUCAUGAUCAACAUCUACAAGCUCAAGAAAUUAAAAAUUAUUCGUCCAAUAGUAAUAAUAAUGAUAAUAAUAUUGAGUUGAUGAUCAGACAAGCACAGACUGUUACACUACAAGGUGAUGAGCAAGUUGGAGUUAGAGGAGAUCAGAAGUUUCAUCAUCAAGGGCAAAAUCCAUCUUCUUCUUCUAAUACUUCAUUUGUUGAAGCUAUAUUAAAUCAAGAAAAUGAGAUUUUUCUUGAUUUUCCUAAUUUACUUGAAGAACAAUUCAUCUACUGACCACUUUGAUUAAGAGACAUAUAGCUGAUUCUUGUAAUAAGGGUUUUUUUUUUAUUGAUUAUUAAAGUUCUUUCA